AAGAAAACAGCACAGAAGCUCCGCAAAGGAUCGCUGAUCCUCAACCGCCACAAGUUGCCCACCGCAUUGGCCGGCCUCAACACCUACUACCUCUCUCCUCCCAGUCGGCAAACCGAGAUGACUUCCUCCCAGGCUCUCUACUUGCUAUCUGCUUUAUGAUCAUGCUGUGCGUCUGCUGAUCGUCACGACUAAGCUCCGAGGCCUUGGGACCGCUUCCUCACACUGCAGCAGUGCCAAGCCCACGUUCAUUAUUCUUAUCCUUUCCACCCUUUCCACACCAAAUCCCGACCUCUUUUUCAGUCGAUUCCUGCUCAAGCCGGAGCGCGGGUAUCCCGCCACCUAGGACUCACCUCACUCGAGUCCGCCCUAGCGCCCUAGCCGGCUCACCAUGGUUUUGCUAUGAGGAGCGCCCGACAUGAACACCCCGAUCAACGGAGCCGUGCCGCCGCCGCCGAAGCAAAUCCGCUUUGUGAAUAACCAGGGCCAGCCCCCGUCUAAGCGACGGAGGAUCAAUGCAGCAUGCUUGACAUGCCGCAAGAGGAAAACGAGAUGUGCGGGUGAGAAGCCGGAUUGCUCGACCUGCAAGAAGAAUGGGCACGUGUGUCUAGGGUACACGGAUCUCGUGGACAGGAAGAGGGGGGACCCUGGAUAUGAUGAGUUUGUGGUACUGAAAAGUGAGCCGGCGGACACGCCCAAUCUGAACAAUGGCGCCGGCGGCGCAUUUCUGGAGGAGGAGGAUGACGACGACGAGCGGGAACGACGGCGUUGGAUGAACAAGGCUAUGCCGCGAACGGCAGGGUUCGUCGACCAGGACGCCGUGUCGAGGAGCGAUUCACGCUCGAGCACGACGGUCAUAGCAACUCGCCUCCACGAGCCCAACAACGACUGGGACCGAGAUAGCAAAACGCCGGGUUCCGCCAAUAUCAUCAGGCAUUCCAACGUGCCUCGGAACGGCUCUUACUCGGAGGACAGCCGAAGCACAAACAACCGGUCGCCCGUCCAGUUGGAACGCCACCGCGUGCCGUACUUUCGAUAUUUCGGCCCCACCGCCAUCGUCCCUGGCUUCAAGCAAAUGGUGGUGAAUGUGUAUCGCGACAACAGACGAAAGAGCCGGGGCAGCUCGUUCUCGACCACCUCGCCGGGGUCGCUGUUUGGCCCCGGUAUCCACCACAGCCAUACUUUGCAUCAUGAGACCGCCGUGGACGCGCUGGAAGAUUUGCCCAUUUACGACGUGAACAGCUCCGGCCCAGUCCAUUCCUUGAUCAUCUCCCUCGUCGAUACUUUCUUUCUCCAUCUUGGCUGCAACUACCGUUUCUUGCGAAAGGAUCGAUUCCUGCUCAUGCUAAAGGAGAAACGGAUCGAGCCUAUCCUGGUCGACGCCGUGUGUGCCCUGGCCGCCCGUUUCUCCGAACUGCCCAUCUUCACGAACAACGACGGGAAGCUGAAACGGUCCGAAUACGGCCAUGUGUUCGCCCAGCGAGCAAAGGCUGCAAUCGUCGACACCUUCCCUUGCCCCUCGGUUGCUGCUGUUCAGGCUUGCCUGUUGGUGGCGUACGAGGGGUUUGGUGCCGAUCAGGAUAGCGCGCUGUGGAUGUAUCUCGGCAUUGCCAUCAGGAUGGCCGUUGAUCUUGGGCUCCAGAAGAUGGAAGGCGUCAAGUAUCAAGGCGAGCGCGACCCCUGGUACACGAGAUGCUGGAGUCGCAAGGACCCCGACGGUACGGAUGGCAUCGACAACAACCAUAACGACGAGGAGACCCUAAGCCCGGAUGAGCAGCAGGAAGUGGAACAGGAGCGCAUCGACACAUUCUGGUCCGUCUUCGUUUUGGACCGCGUCAUCUCUUCGGGCACAGGUAGGCCUGUGACUUUCCGCGACGACGAUUACGAGCUGUCGCUCCCGCCACCGACGGUUGACCCCAUUUCGAACUGGCCCGACCCGUUUCCUCCUUUCAUCGAGAUCAUCCACCUGUACGGCCGCGCGUCGGACGUCCUCAACAACAUCCGGAAUGCCAACGAUCUCACCGAAGAGAAGAUGCAAAAGCUCAAGAUCAUGGAGAGGGACCUCACGGCGAUCUACCAAAAGCAGGACCAGCGCCUUCACUUCAAUGCCGUCAACUUCCGCGAAUAUGUGAAUGCAAAUCAAGGGACCACCUUCAUCCUGCUGCAUUUCUGGUUCCAUGCGUUGGUCAUCAUCCUUCAUCAGCCCACCUUGCUCACGCCAUUCCAUAAUCUGAGCCCAACCCAACUGUUGGCGAACAGCCCAGAGCUGCCAAAUAGUCGCGAGCUGUCCAUGUCAAGCGCCAAAACAAUUGCCGAUAUCCUGGCAUUCGCCGAGUUGAUCGACCCCAAGAGCUUGAUUGGCAACCCGUUCACGUCGCAGCCCAUAUAUAUUGCCGCAUGCGCUUUUCUCAUGGAGUCGGUCGCGAACACCUCGCAAAACCCGUCGCGGGAGGCUUCAUUAACCCCAGACCUCAAAGCCGAUCAAUUCAGGUCGCCCGCUGGAAGAUUCAGCUCGACUCACGACACCCGCCCUCUGAAACAUUCGCUCCUUGCGUCUGCCGCCAACCAAAACUACCAGCGCUGUCACAAGUCCCUUCAGCAACUAGAACAAUACUGGGGCGGUGCCGGCUACAUCCUCACGGCUUUAGACCAGAAGUCAAAGGGCAUCUGGGAUUGUGAGAUACUCACCAAUGAGGAAUACGAAGCCAUGAAACUGGCGCGGCGAGGUCCGCUGGGCCGCUUGUCCAGAUUCGAGCAUCCUGCCUCGCCAAAUGUUCCGCCUAUCGCAUACUCGCUUACUGGCACCACGAACUCGCCCAACUCUAACCUCACUGUCCUCUUCCAAGGUAACCUCGGCGCGCAGCCCGGGGCCUCUGCCUCCGCCUCCACCACCUCCCUCCCACCACAGCCGUCAUCUGUCCCAGUAUCCGCGGCGACUCCCCCUGGUAACAUGAUUUACGACCCCAUCCGGCAGAGUCUCCCAGAAACGCCCCCGGCGUUCCCACCGGCAUAUCUGCAACCCAACGUUUCCUCCGUACGCUACCAGUCCCAUUCAUCCAAGGCGCACCGGCUUUCUCAGUCGCCAGCAAUCGGCAAGUCGAUGUUGAAGUUCGAGUCACCAUCCCCCGGCGACCUGGACCAGGGCAGCCCGCACCACGAAAUCAAGGCGCCUUUGUAUGGGUCGCGGCCCAGCCACGGCCCACUGCAUCAUUCGUCGUACAACUACUCCGCGCCGAUGCACACAGCGUACGACGCUAUGGGGCAUGAGCGCUCGCCCUCCAGCACGCCAACAGAAUCAGGAAUGGGUCAGUCACAUGCGUCACACAGCCAUAGCCACCACGCCCAUGGUCAUAACCACGGCCACGACAGUGGUGUCGAUCAUCACCAUCACAACACGUACGAGGCAGACUUUGCACAGAGUGGCUUGGUGUCCGGCUCGUACUCGUACAUGGGUUUGAAUCCUAUUCAUGAUACCAUCACGUUCAACAGCCAGGAGGUCAACUUUGACAUGCUUGGGCUACAAAGCGAAAUGAUGCCGCCGUGGCUAGAGAUCCUACCGGGAGAUGUCUUGGGCGGAUUAUUUGAGGGAGGUAUGAUGGGGGCGAAUCAGCAUAUGGAGUAGCCCCCUGCGCCCUUGUUCGAAUUUACUAGGAUGGGAAGGUGUGGCUAGUCCGAUUCCUCAGUUGGACAUCGGGCUAAAAUCUGGGCAUCAUGUUUCCGGCUACAUUUAAUAGCACUUUUUGUUUUGCAACAACUUAUCAUGAUUUAUCCCCCCCUUUUUCUAUUUCCUAUGUUCCCUCUCGAAAGCUUGCGAGGAGCCUCUUUGCUUGCUUAGCACACCCACCCCUGCACUGUUUGAGCGGCCGAGGCGAGCGGCACAUUACGGGGUCUUUAAUGACUUACCAUCUAGACA